CUUUAUGCUACAGAAAUAGUUUUCAGUAGGUCAGAGUUUCACUUAGUCGCCCACCUCCCCUGUCCUCAGUACAGACUCCCCCAGACAGAGAGAUCGAUGAAAUGGCGACCAAGAAGGCGGUUUUGUUCAACCUGUGGGGGGUCGUUGUUUCUCCCAGACCUGCAGAAGUUUUCCUCAAAUUCGAAGAAACCCUGAAACUCCCCAGAAAUUCUAAAUAAAAGAUCAUCACUGAUCCUCCACCAAAUGUCACAGUGGGUGAGAGACCUGGAGAGGACUACAAACCACAGUGGGUGAGAGACCUGGAGAGGACUACAAACCACAUUGGUGGUUUUCUGAAGAAGGUGGUGACUGACAAGCACAGCGCCAUGGAACGCGCAGAGAGGGGCAAACUCACACUCUCUCAGAUGAUCCCAGAGCUUGAUGCAGAGUGUAUGAGUGCAGCAUCAGAUCAGAAGGUCAGUCUUCCUGCUGGCUUCUCUGUUAAGAGCCUGUUGGAGGAACUCAGAGACUCAACCACUGUCAACAAACACAUUCUGCAGACCGUAGCUACGCUCCGCAGACAAGGGUUAUUGACAGGUGUGUUGGCCAACCAGUGGGUGGAUGACAGUGGGAGUGGAGAUAGCUCUGGCCGGCUCCUCUCUCUGCUGGGCGGCCAUUUUGAUGUGGUACUACAGUCCUGUCGUACAGGCCUCAGGGUCCCAGAGACCGACCUGUUCACCUCCGCUCUCACACAGCUGGGAGUGCCUCCGAAACAGGCUCUGUGGUUGGGUGAUGAUGAGGAGGGGGUGGGAGCAGCAGAGGCAGUAGGGAUGACAGCUGUUCUGGUGAAGGACCUGCCGGAAGCUCUGAAACAAGUAGAGACCUUCACUGGAGCACAGGUCGUAACAGGGGAAAGCUACCCAGCCUCUUGCAACCCAGAGGAGGUCUCUCAUGGAUAUAUCACCAUCAAGCCCAGGGUAAAGCUGCACUAUGUGGAGAUGGGGACGGGGCCUCCAGUCAUGUUGUGUCAUGGCUUCCCUGAGAGCUGGUACUCAUGGAGAUACCAGAUUCCAGCUCUAGCUGAUGCAGGGUUUAGAGUCUUAUCUCUGGACAUGAAGGGCUAUGGAGAUUCUACAGCUCCACCAGACAUAGAGGAGUACUCACAGGAACAAAUCUGCCAGGAUCUUGUGACUUUCAUGGAUAAAAUGGGUAUUCCCCAGGUGACUCUGGUUGGUCAUGAUUGGGGUGGUGUUGUGGUCUGGAACAUGGCCCGGUGUCAUCCAGAGAGAGUCAGAGCGGUAGCUUCUCUGAACACCCCUCUGUUUCCUGUGGACCCCUCCAAGGAUCCAAUGGACUUCCUGAAGACUGUGCCAAUCUUUGACUACCAGCUCUACUUCCAGGACCCUGGUGUAGCUGAGACUGAGAUGGAGAAAGACCUGGCACGGACCUUCAAGAUCUUCUUCCAUGGCAGUGGAGAUAAGGAUAAUGUUCCUGAGAUCAACACUGCUGGAGUUUGUGCCAGAGGUGGUCUGUUCGUAGGACUACCAGACGAGAUACCCAGGAGUUCUAUCCUCAGUGAGACUGCUCUUCAGUUCUACAUCACUCAGUUCAAAGACAAGGGAUUCAGAGGGCCGUUGAACUGGUACCGUAAUGUUGUGAGCAACUGGAAAUGGCUAUGUUCCCGACCCAGGGCUAAGCUCUUGAUGCCAGCUCUCAUGGUGACAGCUGGUAAAGAUCCUGUCCUGCUGCCUGUCUUCUCCAAGGGAAUGGAAAACAUGAUCCCCAACCUAACAAGAGGACACAUCGAAGAAUGUGGACACUGGACCCAGAUGGAAAGGCCGUCUGAGCUGAACACUAUUCUGAUCUCCUGGCUGAAAGACACUCACAGCACUGGGGUUGCCGUGACACCCAAGCUGUGAUCAGUUACCAGGACAACAUAUUCCUUUUACGGCACUUUGUAGUGAACUGUUGGAAUCAUCUGAUAAUUCAGAAUAAUUUCUAAAACUGUAUGAUGCCCUUUUUAAAACCUGAAACAUUUUUCUCUUCUAAAGACACACACGCUGCACAAAUAGGCUGUACCAACAGCCACGACACCUCCAGCAUGGUGUCUCAAAACGUCCCUUUUUGAGACAUUUCAUGAGAAAGUGCGAUCACCUAUAUGUUGAGUGUACAAAAUAUAAAGGACACCUGCUCUUUCCAUGAUUAGGCCCUAUUCUAUACUUGCAUUGCUUGCUGUUUGGGGUUUUAGGCUGGGUUUCUGUACAGCACUUUGUGGCAUCAGCUGAUGUAAGAAGGGCUUUAUAAAUACAUUUGAUUUGAAUUUGAUUUGACUUGACUAGUGUUACUAUUGAAUGUCGAUUAUGUCAUUAUUACCCCAGCAUGUCUGUUUUUCCAGUGGACGAUUCAGACGGGAUUAGUUUUACCAAACUGCCUCUGUAGUAAUAAUACUUUUUCCCCUCAUUCACAUUUGACUGUUAUGACGGAAGCCUGGAGGCUCUUCUAGGUCGUGAAGAUAUUUUAAAUGUCUAGGGAUCAACCAGCUCUGUCUGACAAUAGUAUACAGUAUAACAGGUGGAGCACCCAGUUUGGGUAAGAACACGAGAACAAAUUGAUGCUUAAAACAAAGUGCUAUGCAGGUACCCUACAGAUUAAUGAUUUGUUUUGUUAAAUAGCAAAUAUCCUAGUGCCAUUACAUUUAAGUCAUUUAGCAGACGCUCUCAUCCAGAGCGACUUACAAAUUGGUGCAUUCACCUUAUGAUAUCCAGUGGAACAACCACUUUACAAUAGUGCAUCUAAAUAUUUUGUAUUUUGCCAAUGAACUGAUACAUUGCCAAAUCCGUCUGGUAAUUAAAUGUCUGCAGGUUACAGUUCAUUCUUCUUAUUGAUAUGCAUUAUUAUUUUACAUUUCUCCCAACUGAAGGCCAUUAGCCCAAUAUUAGGCAAUCCCUAGAUAUUUGAAAUAUCUUCACGACCUAGAAGAUCCUCAAGGCUUCCGUCAUAACGGUCAAUUAGGGGGGAAACAAAAUAAUUACAGGGGUAGUUUGGUAAAACUAGUCCCGUCUGAAUCGUCCACUGGAAAAACAGACAUGCUGGGGUAAUAAUGACAUACCUGACUUUCUAUAGUAACACUAGUCCUCUACGAAUAGGGUUAAAGAAGGAUUUUUUAAGCCUUGAGACAAUUGAGACACGGAUUGUGUAUGUGUGUCAUUCAGAGGGUGAAUGGACAAGACAUAAGAUUCAAGUGCCUUUAAACGGGGUAUGGUAGUAGGUGCCAGGCGCACCGGUUUGUGUCAAGAACUGCAAGAGAGGAGAGAGAGUGGAGGAAGAGGAGAGAGUGGAGGAAGAGGAGAGAGUGGAGGAAGAGGAGAGAGUGGAGGAAGAGGAGAGAGUGGAGGAAGAGGAGGGAGUGGAGGAAGAGGAGAGAGUGGAGGAGGGAGAGUGUAUCAUCAAACAGCUUUCCUCUGUAAUGCUGUACACACAUUCACACAAUAGAAGAAAGCACUUCGGAGAUAAAAUUAUGUUUCUAAGUAAAUGCUUUCCUUCAAUGUACCGCGCCUUUUCAUUCCCCAGAACACAAGCACAAAGAGCAGAUUCAUGUUUUCUCUAUCGUUUCAUGUCCGACAUCACCAUAACAACAAUAUGAGAUUGAAUUCAGGGCUCUAUUCAAUCCGCAUCGUGGAAGUACAGCGUGAUUGAAAUGUGAAGGCAAUGUUCCCGCGUUAGUGGAGACUGCAUUCACGGUAAACACUGCAUAUGUCAGCACAUUCACAAAUUACCUUCACAUUUCUGUAACGCUUUGGCAAUACAGAUUGAAUAGUGCCCACGUCCCUUAAACUGAAGUAAAACCCUCACCCCUCCCUUCUCUCUCGCUCUCUCUGAGACACACAGAAUAAUGGGAAAGUGUUUUACUGUAUUUUAUUGAUGUGUGUAUAUAUAUAUAUAAAAAAAUACAAUGUUCAAUGUAACCCUGAAUGUAAAAACUCAAAUAGAAAUAUUCAUGAUCUUAUAUCAGAAUCCUACACUGACUAUGGAGUUACAUUUAAGAGAUGUACUGUUAUGAUUCUCCUUGUUGUACCUCGUCAGUAGAUAUCUAGAGGGAAUUAAACUGUAGGCAGUGCUCCAAUCUAGAACACAGGCACGGUCGUCGUCGUGGUUACAGCUUCUUCUUCUCAAACGGCUUCUUCCAGGUGGGCAGGAUCUGGGCGUAGACCUUUUCAAUCUGUAACCAAUCACAACAGAUCUUCACAAUUACAUUACAUUUUAGUCAUUUAGCAGACGCUCAAUUCCAGAGCGACUUACAGUAGUGAAUGCAUACAUUUCAUACAUUUUUUGUACUGGUCCCCCGUGGGAAUCGAACUCACAACCCUGGCGUUGCAAACACCAUGCUCUACCAACUGAGCCACACAGGAAUCUACAACCAAUCACAUCAGACAUUUACACACGCACUCACCACACCUACCCCUUACCUGGGUGGACUUCUUGAGUCCGUAUCUGAAGAGCGUGGCCUGGUGUUCAGAGUUAUGAAACAGGAUGUCGAAGGUGACGUCUCUACCUAUCAUGUCGUCUAUAGCAGGCUUCACCAGAGAGUAGAAGUCCCUGGGAGGAUGGACCUCAUCCAGCAAGUUCCUCACCUACACACAUUCACAUAGAGGAGCUAUAACCUCGACCUACACACACAGAGGAGCUAUAACAUUCACACAGAGGAGCUAUAACCUCGACCUACACACACACAGUAAAUAUUUGGAUUAUUAUAGUUUGCGUCUGAGUGAGUGUGUUACCUUGUAUCUCCGUCCCACUAGCUCCACUGGGUCUAGUUUGACCUCUGACCUCAGGGCUCGACCAAAUAGCAGCAGCUUCGUCUCCGAGUCUACACACAGUCGGUGGUCAGUACAGCAAAACGAGUGUGUGUGUACACGUUUUACUAUACUUGUCAUUACUUUAAAGAAAAAAUAAUAUAUAUUUUACCUUUAUUUAACUAGGCAAGUCAGUUAAGAACAAAUUCUUAUUUUCAAUGACGGCCUAGGAACAGUGGGUUAACUGCCUUGUUCAGGGGCAGAAGGACAGAUUUUUACCUUGUCAGCUUGGGGAUUCGAUCUAGCAACCUUUCGGUUACUGCCGCCCAGGUAGCCUAGUGGUUAGACUUGAAGUCCUCACAAGAAUAGUAAAAAGUCCAAUUUAGGCUUUGGAGUUACGGAAUCAAUUGUUGGUCCCCAAAAAGUCCUCACAAGUAUAGUAACACAAAAACGAAAACAAUUGCAAAUUGUUGUGGACCUGUAAACAGAUCGUUUGAAUUCAACAAUGUUUUGCGUCAACUUUCCUCGAACCUAAACACUGCCCGCAGAUUCUGAACCCGGUUACCAGGUUACCACUGUAGUUGUCUUUUCUUCGAGAGUAGACAAUGUUUAUGAAUUCGUGGGCAGUGUAGAUAAUUUAGGGGCCUCAAUUAUAAACCAUUACUUGACGUGAGAAUGUGCUUGCCACCCCACAAACCUGCGAUCCAUGCGUACGCAUAUCUGGUAGCAGUUGAAAUAUUGUAUUGUAUUACUGGAAAGUAAGUAUGUUGUGCAAAUGGGGGAUAUGAUGUAAAGCUUAAUACCCCCCAGUAAAUGAUAUUAACAAGAAUGCUGCCAUUUGCUGUUAGUGAGAAUUUAAAAUAAUUUGACAUGAGAACCAUUUUCCUAUGUAUAUUAUCUUCAUAACCAUUGCAGAAUAAAUUCCUCACCUUUUCUGAAUGUGAUGGUUUCAUAGGU